AUGUUGGGAGGAUCCGCGGGAUUUGGAUUUCCUCUUGACCCGAGCUUGUAUACAUCAGCUGCUGUAUGUAACUGGUCAGGGACGGUACCGAGCUGCAAACCCGUACAAUGUCCCCCACUGGUUAUGCGAAAUUUAGAACCCCUGGAAGUGGUCCACUACAACGAUUCCUAUCAGGGUUAUGUCAGUUUUCACUGUCCUCUGGGUUACCGACUGAGAGGCGCCAUCGAGAUCCAGUGCCUGCAAGACGGAUCCUGGUCAGCACCACCGCCGACGUGCCAAGAAAUUGAAUGUCCGCCUCCUUUGCCACCUCUGAACGGCAAAGUGGAAGAAUUCCGUCGCUACAAAGUGGGAGCCAUGGUCAAGUACUCCUGCGACUCGAACCUGGUCAUCAUGGGGCAGCCCAUUUUGAUUUGCCAAGCCGAUGGCACCUGGUCUGCACCACCGCCAUAUUGUACAAUUGGCUGUCCGUAUCCAGAAAUCUCCCUGAGCAACGGCCAGUUCAGUCCCAUCAAGUUCUUCUACCACCCCGGCGACAGCGUGCUCGUCACCUGCGACCCUGGGUUUGCGCUCAGUGACGAGAGACGCGACAAGCUAAUCUGCAACGCUGUCGGCAAGUGGUUCGGGAACACCGGCGAAUGUCUGCUGGUUCCAACAGAACCCGGCCCAGUCUACUACUAUGACGAAUACGAAGAAGACGAGCAAGACGACAACGACGACGACACCGGAAAUAAAUUAUGAAACACGUUUUACAGAGCUACAACACACAGCGACGACGAGUGUAUGCGCGUGAUUGUUUCUCCGAAGUCCACUUAAACCCAUUGAUCUCAGUGAGAUUUUUUGAGAAAAAUGAAAAAAAAAGUUUUGCAACACUUGUGAAACAGCGUUCCGAAGAUCCCAGGAAAAUUUCCUUUGCUGGACAAUUACCCUCCUCGUCAAACUAGAUCUCGAUCAAGUUUACUUCCAAUAAAUGCCUAAUUUUACUGGCAUUGACCAUCGUAGCUUUUGAAAAAAAUGGAAAAUUAAUUCAAAUGAAAGGGCUAGAGAGCAUUUGAAUUUAACUAUUGUGCUCACUAAAACUGCCCCCAUGUUUUCGCCCGAUGACAUCGUGAUUCUCUAUUUAUGCAUAGAUUGGCAAAAAAGUGCCUAGAUUUACAUCACUAAUGUGAAUUCGGUACUUCACACUAAAUGCAACUGGUGGAAAAUCUGGAAAAUUCGAAGAUGAGAAAUCACAGAGAGGUUUCUUUGUGAUGAGUAGUUUUCUGGAUAAAUGACGGUCAGUUGCAGUAUGCUGUAUCAUCAAUUCUGAAAAAAGCCAGAAUAGUAUGCAUGUUUCAAGAAGUUGUAAACAAACAAAAAAAACAGGAUAAAAAAAAACUGACUGGAUCAAAAGGGAAAUUUCAGAACAAAUGUUUCAGAUUUCAAUGAUGGCCAAAAUAAUGCAAUUACUGAGGCCAAAAUAAUUCUUGAGGAGGUGAUUGGAAAAACAUUCAAGGUUACAUUUGUAGCUUUAAUCAUCCAAAACAUUUAGAUAAUGAAUGCACAUACAAAUUUCCAAACAUUCCACGCGAAUACACAUUCUGUCCAUUCACAUUUGUUGUAAGGCCAGAAAAAUGUUACCAGCAAACAAGGUUUUGAGAAAAGAAACAUUUUGAGGGAAGUGAGGACGUUUUUGUAGCAGAAGUUUUUCUUGGAACUUCGUGAUCUGGUGUUUGUUGUUCUCGUUGUAUUUGUACGCAUCGCAAUGCAGAUGUGAGUGUCGAAUUGAUUACGCAAGGGUACAUAACCUUGUUAAAACAUGGAGAGUGAGUCCUCAUAAUUGCACAAAUAAGUUGAAUUGCAAAGUUGAAUGAAGGGGAGAGAGGAGGAUAAAAUGGAGCUCAGUGGCGUCUUUGUGCUUCCUUGAAAAUGUUGCGCGAAACGAAAUAAAGAAGCAAGAUUGAUCUUAGUCAAA